AAAAAAAAAAAAAAAAAAAAAAUCACGGAUAAUUUCCGUGGUCUUGACAGAUCUGGAGCCGAGGCGUUCUCACUGAUUGUGGAUGCUAUCCGUCUCCCCCGAGCGAGCGAGCCGCGUUUGGGUUGAUCGGGUGUCGGAAGCUGCGCGCGACAAAAGCUGCUAAAUGAAGCAAUGGCGGGAGUUGCAGGAGGAAAUGAUUUCCAGUGGUGUUUCUCCCAAGUGAAAGGAGCGAUAGAUGAAGAUGUUGCGGAAGCUGACAUAAUCUCAACCGUUGAGUUCAACUAUUCUGGAGAUUUACUUGCAACCGGAGACAAAGGAGGGCGAGUAGUGAUAUUUCAACAUGAACAAGAGUCUAAGAAUCGACCGCACCUGCGUGGGGAAUACAACGUCUAUAGCACUUUUCAGAGUCACGAGCCAGAAUUUGACUAUUUGAAAAGUUUAGAAAUUGAGGAAAAAAUUAAUAAAAUAAGAUGGCUACCCCAACAAAAUGCUGCUCACUUUCUACUUUCAACAAACGAUAAAACUAUCAAAUUGUGGAAAAUAAGCGAAAGAGAUAAACGGGCGGAGGGUUACAACCUAAAAGAUGAAGAUGGGCGAAUCAGAGAUCCAUAUAGAAUCACCUCUUUACGGGUACCAGUUCUGAUGCCAAUGGAUCUCAUGGUAGAAGCAAGCCCACGGAGGAUCUUUGCAAAUGCGCACACCUAUCACAUUAAUUCCAUUUCUGUAAAUAGUGACCAUGAAACUUACCUCUCUGCAGAUGACCUAAGAAUAAAUCUAUGGCACCUGGAAAUCACAGACAGAAGUUUUAAUAUUGUAGACAUCAAGCCCGCCAACAUGGAGGAACUGACGGAAGUAAUCACAGCUGCUGAGUGCCAUCCACACCAAUGCAACGUAUUCGUGUACAGCAGUAGCAAAGGCACCAUCCGCUUGUGUGACAUGCGAGCGGCGGCGCUCUGCGAUAGGCACUCGAAGUUCUUCGAGGAACCCGAGGAUCCAAGCAGCCGAUCCUUUUUCUCAGAGAUCAUCUCCUCCAUCUCCGACGUGAAGUUCAGUCACAGCGGACGCUACAUGAUGACGCGUGACUACCUCUCCGUCAAGGUUUGGGAUCUCAACAUGGAGAACAGACCAGUGGAGACGUAUCAGGUCCACGAAUACCUUCGCAGUAAACUCUGCUCCUUGUAUGAAAACGACUGCAUCUUUGACAAGUUUGAGUGCUGCUGGAAUGGCAGUGACAGUGCCAUCAUGACCGGUUCCUACAACAACUUCUUCCGAAUGUUCGACCGCAACACCAGGCGGGACAUCACACUGGAGGCGUCCCGGGAGAGCAGCAAACCGCGGGCCACGCUCAAACCGCGUAAAGUGUCCACCGGCGGGAAGAGGAAGAAGGACGAGAUCAGCGUGGACAGCCUGGACUUCAACAAGAAGAUCCUCCACACUGCCUGGCACCCCAAAGAUAACGUGAUAGCCGUGGCAGCCACCAACAACUUGUACAUUUUCCAGGACAAAAUCAACUAAAAACAAAUAAAUAAAUAAAAUAAAAUAAAAAAAAUAUUUGGGGCUCCAGAGGAUAGGGCUUUUACCAUACCUGUGUAGUUAAGCCUACUACUUGUCUAUCUGUAUAAGAAGAAACAGCCUUGUUGUCCUCCUGGUGAAGAAAUUGAAAGCACGUGUCUCCUAUUUUUUUUUUUUUUCUUUAGGUUUUUUUUUUGCCACAGGAGGUUGAUCCAUAGGC